AUAAGGAUGUAGAAUAAGUUAACUGGGGCUCGAACUCGCCAUUUACAUUUAUUAGGUGGACUGAUACAAGGGCCCAUUCGCGUAGUUUAUAACAGAUAUUCCUCCCCGCCAUUACUUGGUCGGAGGCAACAUACGAAAGAAAAAGGAAAAGUGGCAGAAAAUGAAGAUCAAUAGAGAGAGCUCAAGGCUCCUCAAGCCAAGCUAUCACGCCCCAAUCCACCCUCCUACCGACGUCUUGAUGCCUCUAAGCCCCUUCGAUACCUCAUAAUUCCAGGCAGCUUGUAUGCCUGCAGACCACCCAACCCAUCAAACGAAGUCAUCAAGCAAGGGCUCAGCUGGGUACUUGCCGAGUACAGAGAGUUCACCGGCCACCUCGUUUUCACUGACAACGGCCACCAGUGCAUGCGUCUCAAUGACGAGGGUAUGCGCCUCAUCGAAGGUACCUCUGAUUCCCUCUGAUUCCCCUCUCAGUAGCUCGAUCGACAAGCCAUCUCCAUACUACCUUGACCUGCACCCAGAUAUCACGGGCACAGAGGAGGUGGUUCCAGGGUGCAGCUCAUAGGGUUUGCCUGUGGUUCCAUGGUGGUGGGCAUCACCACCCACCAAGCAGUCUCAGAUGGGUUUGCUGCCAGCCAUUUCCUCGUAGCAUGGGGCCAAACUGUGCGAGACGGCCUCCCUGUUCAACCUCUUCUACUUCAUGGCUGCUCCAUCUUCAUCCCUCUCAACCAUGCUUUCCUUCAGUUUGAACAUAAUGAGAUUGAGUAUACACCCCGAGCUACAACACACUAUUGUGAUGGAAAGUGCACACUUCCCUUCCAACAGCCAUUAACAUGGGACUGAAGGGCUAUAUGGGACUGAUUUUUUAAGUUUUAGGUUCAGAACCGGCACUUUCGUGCAAAAAUCCGGCACCCCUGCUUUAAAAAGCGCCGGUUUGCUUUCAAAACCAUAUCCGUUUUGCACAAAACGGAUGAAACGAUCUUCACGUUUCAUGCUGUUGUAAGAAGCGAACGGACGCUUUCAUGCAAAAACGGAUAAUGCGUUCUAUCUUGACCCUUGUAACCCUUGUAAGUCAUGUUUUUUAUUUUGUUAAAGAUAUACCUAAGUUCUUUCAUAGUCAAUAAAAAUGUUCAUAAGAUUUUUCUAUGUGAAAAUUAAUCUCUAAAUCAGUAAAACUUAUUAUCUUAUCCUAAAGAAGAUGAGAAAAAUACGCCUAAUUGAAUAAAAUAUCCACUUUUUUUUGUUGCCUCUUUUAAUGCACGUAUCCACAUGACAUAGAUAUUCUGUCGGCCAUUUUGUUGUUUCUUCGGAAAAGGAGGGUGACUCUGUGUGCUUUGGGUAGAUCAAUUUAUCAAUUCAAUGCUAAUAACUUAGUUGUCCUUAACAGAAGUGUAAUUUCAUCUUCUUACUCUGCAUGACAAGGCAUCUCCUUGCUUAUUGCUAGAUUCAUAAGAUUUUCUUGAUUUUUGUUCAAGCAUCUUUAAAUAUUUACUUUUAUAUGCAUAUAGGUGCCCCUCCAUAUAUGAGUACUUUUAAAUGGACACCUCUCCAAACAAUUUUUUUGGCUCCGCCACUGCAUUGUACCUCAAAUUAUUAGUUCUAAAGUGGCAGCAUGGACCUCAGAUCCAUGCACACUGCUGCUUAGUGCUGAUAUUCAUUAUUUGGACCUCAGAUCCAUGCACACUGCUGCUUAGUGCUGAUAUUCAUUAUUUGUUUAAACAGUAGAUUUCUUAUAUUACUGAUUUUAGAUCUCGAACCAGGGAAGCAAGCACGCAUGUCCUUAUUGUGUUGGUUUAGUUGCUAUAUAAUGUGUAUGGGAAACUUACUGAAGUUAAUAACAUCAAUGAUGGGGACGAUCAUUGUUUGAGGUAGUGGAAAGGCAGGUGCAGGGUGUGAGAUGGACUGUUAGCUAAGGAUCCCUUUCCAUCACUUGCAACUUGCAUGAGUAGGCACUUACCUCUUUCUAUAUAUCAGUUCUUCUAAAUGGUGACUGUUAGCUGCCCUUAAAGUCAUAGGAGUGCAUUGUCCUACCUAACAUAUAUUGAACUCACACCAAACACCGAUACAGCGUUGAACCUUGGGUGUAAGGUAUAAACCAAAAUUUUGCACGUAAGUAAAUAUUGACUAUUAUUGAUGUCCAAUCACGUCAUAGUAAUAAUUAUUUGUCCAUCGGUAAAAUUAUUUACUGACAUAUAACUAAACGUCAGUAACAUUUUUUUAUCGACAAACCACCUGGACAUCGCUAUUACUAUUUAUCGAUGCAAAUUUAUGCAUCGGUGAAUGACUUUUAAGUUUUUUUUUCCCUAUCCAAGCCUGACAUAUAUUGGGCUCACAUUAGGUAGUUGACACCGACACAACCUUGAACAAUAGUUGCAAGAGGAAGGGGUGAGGUUUUGACUCACUCUACGGCAAUGAGUAGUUUGGUGCAAUAUUGCCACACAAAAACAGGUGACACUAUGCAUAUCUAAACAACACGCACAUUCCGCAUUCCAGGUCAGAAUGCCAUAUCAUGUUUCCUCGUGGUGUGCGUAUCGGUAUCCAUUUUAAUUUUCACAGAAGAACGAUACAGCCGUCAAAUCAAGUAAAGAAAAAUGUCCACCUUCUACAAAUGGUAGGUUGUGAAGAGUUUCUUCACAGUCUUGGUGAAAACGAAAUCCAAAAACGAUAUCUAUUUUCAGAGCCUCAUUGGCUACAAGUAGAUAGGAAUCUUGAGGAUAGCCGAUUCUUAAGUCAAUCAACUUAUUAUGUUCUGUGAAUUGAAGCAAGGUGUAGUUCUUAGAACCAAAGAUAUUCAUGUUUGGGUUUUACUGGUAGGUGGAAGAAUUGCGGUUACGUUUUAGGUGCAUAUGCUUCUUUUCUUUUACGUAAAUAUAUAAAUUUUAUGUAUCAGUCCCCUGCUUAUUAGGAAUUUAUAUUUCUAAAUUAUAAAAAAGAAAAUUUGUUUUAAAUAAAUGGAGAAGAAAGAUCAAGAUGGUGAACCUUGUUUAUUAUGGUACCAAAGCCCAUAAUUAAAUUAAAUGGAAGUAAAGUGUCAUCAUCAUUAUUUAAGACAUGACACUCUGGGAUAUUGGAUCCUACAUACAGUCAUUCUCGCUGUUGUAGAGAAAAAAACCAAAAAAAAAAAAAAUAGAAGACUAACUAGAAGCUGAUUAUAUGCCUUGACGUAUAGGUCUUGCACGUACCGAGCAGCUCACACAACUCACUCUUCAUUUACAUUUAUUCAACGUUGACUGAUGGAAUGGCCCAAUCGCCUAGUUUAUAGCACAUCUUCCUCCCCGCCAUCACCAGGUCCGAGGCAACAGAAAAUGAAGAUCAAUAGAAACAGCUCAAGGCUCCUCAAGCCAAGCUAUCAAACCCCAAUCCAACCUCCUACCAACGUCUUGAUGCCUCUAAGCCCCUUCGAUACCGUCACAAAUCAGACCCAUAUUGGCAUCUUGUAUGCCUACAGACCACCCAACCCAUCAAACGAAGCCAUCGAGCAAGGGCUCCGCCGGGUUCUUGCUGAGUACAGAGAGUUUGCCGGCCGCCUCAUUUUCAAUGACAAUGGCCACCAAUGCAUCCUUCUCAAUGACAAGGGUAUGCGCUUCAUCGAAGCUACCUCUGACUCCCCUCUCGGUAGCUCCAUCGACAAGCCAUCUCCAUACUACCUUGACCUGCACCCAGAUAUCACGGGCAUAGAGGAGUUGGCUCAGGUGCAGCUUACCAGGUUUGCUUGUGGUUCUAUGGUGGUGGGCAUCACCACGCACCACGCAGUCUCGGAUGGGCUUGCGGCCAGCUAUUUCUUCGUAGCAUGGGGCCAAACUGUGCGAGACGGCCUCCCUGUUCAACCUCUGCCACUACAUGACCGCUCCAUCUUCAUCCCUCGCAACCCUCCUUUCUGUCAGUUUGAACAUAGCAACAUUGAGUAUAUGGCCCAUCAAGGAAAGGCUAAGCACCAAGAACUACAACACACUAUUGUGAUGGAAAGGGCACACUUCCCUUCUGCAUUUUUAGAGAAACUCAAGUCCAAAGCCUCUGGUGACAAUCCUUGUGAUAAGCCGUACACUACUUUUGAGUGCCUUACUGCCCACCUAUGGAGGAAGAUCACCCGUGUUAGGAAUCUAGAAGGGGAGUUGACUACAAAAAUAAGGAUUGCAGUGAACGGUCGCUUUAGAAUGAGGAAACCUACUGUGCCCAUGAGGUACUUGGGAAAUGUAGUGCUGUGGGCUUGGCCUCAUUCUAAGGUGAAAGACCUCUUGUGCAAGCCAGUGGUGCAUGCAGCUAGGCUCAUACAUGAUGCAGUGGCUCGAGUCGAUGAUGACUACUUCAGGUCAUUCAUAGACUUCUCAAACUUGAAGGAAAAGAUGGAAGGGCUAGUGCCAAGAGCGUGUGGGGGAGACGUGGUGUUGAGCCCCGACUUGAAAGUGUCCUCCUGGAUGAGAAUCCCCUUCUAUGAGAUGGACUUUGGUACAAACCCCCCUCACCUCUUUGUAACUUCGUAUGUGAGAGUAGAAGGGUUCUUGCAUAUCGUGCCUUCCUUCACUGGCAUUGGAGAUGUUGAUGUCUUUGUUUCUCUCUUUGACAAGGACAUGGGAUCCUUCAUAGAUGGACUGUAUUAUUUAGAUUAGGAGUACUUGUAUGCCAAACCUAGUGAAUGUUGUUAAACGUAAUGCUCUCUUUCACGCUUUCUACUUUCACUUGUUUAGGUAGUCCCCAUGUUGUUCUAUGGACAACUUCAGUGAAUUGUGGUGAUCAUAUGAUUUGGUAUCUUUCUUGUGUGGUUAUCAUAUGUUUCAAUUCAUAGUGAAAUU